GAGGGGGCAGUAAGGAGGCGGAGUCUGACACAGGAAGUGCCCGGUUGCUGAGCGUGCUGAGAGUGGGAGUAGCUGCUCGCUAUGGAUCCGCUGACGGUGUUGGCGGCUCUGGCGGCUCUGGCGGUUCUCUAUAUCCUGCUGCAGUCUGUCAGGUUCCUGAGAGCGGACGGGGAUUUAACCCUUCUGUGGGCGGAACGGUUCGGACACUCCCCGGAAAGUAAGCUCGGUGGGAACGUUGUGUGGGUGACCGGGGCGUCCAGCGGAAUUGGGGAGGAAUUAUCUUACCAGUUGGCCAAACUUGGCGCCCGGCUGAUCCUCUCCUCCAGAAGGGAAAAUGAAUUGCAGAGAGUGAAACGGAAGUGCUUGGAGAUCGGCGCCCUGGAGGAGAGAGACGUCCUGAUCGUGCCCCUCGACCUGACCCAGACGGAGUCGCACGGGGCCGCCGCGGACGCCGUCCUCAAGCAUUUCGGCCGAAUCGAUGUCUUAGUGAAUAACGGGGGCCGCUCGCAGCGCUCUCUCUUCGUGGACACCGAGCUGGAUGUCUAUCGGGAACUCAUGGAGCUCAAUUACCUGGGGACGGUCUCUCUGACCAAGCGUGUCCUGGAACACAUGAUCGAGAGGAGGAAGGGGAAGGUUAUCACCGUCAGCAGCGUGACGGGCUUCAUCGGAGUGCCGCUCUCUACGGGAUACGCCGCCAGCAAGCAUGCGCUGCAGGGGUUUUUCAACAGUCUCAGGAUUGAACUGGGCGGCUAUCCGGAUAUAACGGUCAGCAUCACGUGCCCGGGUCCCGUGCAGUCCAAAGUGGUGGAGAACGCCUUCACGGAGGUGGUUGGCAAGAAAUUUGAACCAAAAUCGGACCAGUCUUACAAGAUGCCGACCGCGCGCUGCGCCCGCCUCAUCCUGGUGACCGCCGCCAACGAUCUGAACGAGUCGUGGAUCUCGGAGCAUCCGGUUUUAGCCGUGUUCUACCUCUGGCAGUACUUCCCGACGUGGGCCUGCUGGAUCACGGAGAAGAUCGGCAGGCGAAGGAUCGAGAGCUUCAAACGCGGAGAGGAUGAAGACGCAGCGUUUUGCGCUAAGAAAUCCAAAUAAAGGAUGAGAGCGUUUCGCGCAGGACCGCGGAUCCAGUAACUUUACCUCUUAUUCAAGGAGUCGGAGGUCGCUGGCCGUUCUCUAGAUGGUCCGGCGACACACGUGUGCCUAGUCACACACAAAAUGGAGCUCCUACCUGCUGUAUGACGGGGUUACAUACAAACCACGCGUCAAUAUGUAUAUUUAUUGUAUAUAACAAAGAAGUUAUAGCUGUUGGGUGAUGGCUGGAGCAUUAUUUUGAGAUGAUCUUAUUAGAGCAAAAAUUCCUGAUAGUCUGCUGAUAUGGCAAUCGGCGAAGCAUCAUUCACUUCACGAGUUUGCCGACAUUAUUCGGGGUCUCUGUUCAUGCCAUUGUUGAUUAUCGCGCCCCGACUCGGCUCAACCUUUCGGUUCUCUACUGCACUCCAAACAUAAUCAGUAAUACUAAAGCUGCAGUCCCACCAACUACUUGUUGCGCUCUCCGGUAUGUUAAGCAAAUAAAGGCUGGCAGAUGUGCCGAUUCUUUCCUC